UGUAAAACGUUACAAAGUAAAACUCGUUAACUAGUGUAAACUCUAUGCAUUUAUGUAAAUUCUCUAGCGAUAACGUGGAAGUGCAAAAAGGCCACCUGAAAAUUCAGCAGCCCCAGCAGCAAUCGAGCAGAAGAAGAGGAAGCAGCAGCAAAAAGUAGUCGUCAAAGGGGCAGCCACAGCAUGCCGUACGAGUCGAUGCACCAUCAUCAGUCGGCGGCCACUGCGGUGGCAGCCGGCGUAGCGCCAAAUAGCAUGCUGGACGCACUCAGUUUGCAGCUGCGGGAUGCGGAGAUGCGACGCACUGAGAUCGAGCGAGCACAUCAGGAAACUCUGGCACAAAUACGCAAUCUAAGUGGCAGCGCUCGACCCGACACCGAGGCCGUGGAGAACCUUCAAUCGCGUGCUCGUGAACUGGAGAAGAAGGUGGCGCUGGAGAACGUGCACUGCGAGGAGCUGCAGAUCGAGUUGACUGCCGCGCUGAAGGCGAAGGCAGCUCGCUCCUCGGCACCCAGCAACAACAUGUGUCCGUCUUCGAUGUCCAACUCGGCGCCCUUCGGAGCUGGCAUGCCAGCCAGCAUUCCCACUUCGGCCAGCAGCUCGACAGUGACUUGGGCGCCGACAAUCAGCCACCAGGACCAAGGCUCCGAGAUUGACAUCAUCAUGGCCAAGAUCGAGCAGGAUAAUCGCGUGCUGGCCGAACUGGAGCAGCCAAGGACCUCGGCCAGCGCCAGCAUGUCAGCAUUGCCGCCCAGUUCUAUGAUGAGCGCGGGAAACAGCGAAUUUAGAACCAUAUCAAAGAGUGAGCUCGAGGAAGAACUGAAUCGCUAUAAAAGAGCUGUGCUGGGCGGCGCUUCGGGCGGCGGCGUCUCGGCGCUGUCCUCCGGCUACUCGAGCCUGCCCCAAUCGCUGGCUUCGACUCUGGCCAAUGGGGCCACGAGCAACAGCUUGAGCGGCACCAGCGUUGGCUCAGCGGCAGCUGCUGCAGCCGCCGCUGGUGGUGCGAUGGAUGGGGGAGGAGGAGGUGGUGGUAGAGGAGGCGGACAUACAUCCAUAUCGGGUCUGGUGCCCAACUCAAUUAGCGGCAUAUCGUCGAGUCUGAGCAGCCAUGCCAUACAAUCACUACAGUCGGCUGCCUACGGAGUUGGGCAGACGUCGGUGGAGAAGCUGUUGAGUGGAACUAGUGGAAUAACUGGCAUUCCACCAUUGCCGGUAAAUAUUCAUACGAUGAAGGCUAUGCCGACGGCAUUAAGUCAGCGCGGAACAAUACAACUGUACAAUUUGCAGAGCACAACCAUGCCCCUCCUGUCACUCAACGCGCAUAACAUGCCGCCCGGCGGCUCCACCAGCUACUCGGCUCUCGGCCUAAGCGCCGGCAGCGGCGUCGGUGGCGUCGGCGUCGGCGGCGUUGGCUCCUCGCUCACCCACCCCACCAUGAGCAACAUCAACAUGCUCGACACGAGCGCCCUGCUCGGCCUGGGACCCGCCGGCGGUGGCAUCACCGGUGCCACCUCGCUCUACGGCCUGAGCGCAGGCGCCGCCGGUGGACUGGGCAGCUCCUAUGGCGGUCCACCGUUCAUGGACGCCGCCUCGAGCGCCUCGUAUCCGUUCACCUCGGCGGCACUGCGUCAGGCCUCCAAGAUGAAGAUGCUCGACGAGAUCGACAUACCGCUGGCCCGCUACGGCAACCGCAGCUCGCCCUGCUCCCCCAUUCCCGUGGGUCCGCAUGGCGGCUGGGGCCUCGACGAGUUCACCGAUGGCCUGGGCACCUCCAUCAUGCACAAUCGCAGCGGGUUGGCGCUGGGCGCCCUUGACCUAGACACUCGCAACCACGCAAUGAACGGCGCAACUGAGCCACAGGUGGACAUGUUGGACAUUCCGGGCAAGGGACGUUGCUGUGUGUUCAUUGCACGCUUUCCCUACGAUCCGCCAGAAUCAAGAGCCCAGUCUAAUGCUAUAUUCCCUCACAGGGAGGCGGAGGGCGAGCUGUCGCUGUGCGCCGGCGACUAUCUGCUGGUGUGGACCAGCGGUGAGCCACAAGGAGGCUAUCUGGAUGCGGAGCUACUGGAUGGACGUCGGGGCCUGGUGCCCGCCUCGUUUGUGCAGCGACUAGUGGGCGACGAUUUGCUGGAGUUCCAUCAGGCGGUACUGUCGACACUGCGCGAUGCCGAGGACGGUUCGAUGCAGUGCGACACAACGUCGCUGCCUUCCUUGCCGCCGCACAACCCAUUGCUCACACACACGCACGAGGAUCUGGCACGUUUGAGUGAGACGCACACCGAUCUGGAGCACGACCAGGACGACAUUAGCGAUAAUGUUCCAGCUCCGAAGCACUUGACGCUGGAGAGGCAGCUGAACAAGAGCGUGCUCAUUGGCUGGUCGCCGCCGGAGCCCGUGGGCUACAACCUGAUCGACAGCUAUCACGUCUAUGUCGAUGGCGUGCUCAAAGUCACGGUGAAGGCCAACGAACGCACACGCGCUCUAAUCGAGGGCGUCGACUCCACGCGGCCGCAUCGUAUUAGCGUGCGCAGCGUUACGCAGAACCGUCAGACGUCCAGGGACGCGGCCUGCACAAUGAUCAUUGGGCGGGACACCUCGCACUUGGGCCCCUCGGCGGUGCGCGCCUCGCACAUAACGUGUUCCUCGGCGGUUAUAUCGUGGCUGCCGGCCAAUUCCAACCACCAGCACGUGGUGUGUGUGAACAAUGUGGAGGUGCGCACCGUCAAGCCGGGCAUGUAUAGGCACACCAUAACGGGCCUUGCGCCCAGCACCCAAUACCGUGUGACCGUGCGUGCCAAGCACUUGCGUGCCGUUGGCCAGCACAGCACACAGCCUGGUCACACUGUCGGUGGAGUAGGAGCAGGCACUGCGGGCAGACCCGGCCAGGAGGAGGCACCGGGGGCCUAUGCCGAUUUUCGCACACUGACCAAGGGUCUGCCCGAUCCGCCACAGGAGAUCCAACUUGAGGCUGGUCCUCAGGAUGGCACCAUUCUGGUGACAUGGCAGCCGGUUAACAGACCCACGUCCACGGGGCCUGUAACCGGCUAUGCUGUGUACGCCGAUGGUAAAAAAGUGACCGACAUCAAUUCACCAACGGGCGACCACGCACUCAUCGACAUCGGCAAACUGGGCGUCUUCAAUCCCCGCGCCGUCACCAUUCGCACCAAGUCUCGCGAUUCACAGUCGGCGGACAGCGCGCCCAUUUUGAUACCAAACCAAGUGCGCAACGCUGUCGCCCGCCGGGGACCAAAUCAGAUGGGCAUGGGUCCGCAGCUGCCGCAGCAGGGACUCCACGGCAUGCCCAACCAGCUGCAGCAGCAACAGCAGCAGAUGGGCAUGCCGGGUCAGCCUGGCCAGAUGGGGCAGCUGGGGCAGCCGCACAUGAUGCAGCAGGAUCACACGCAAUACGAUCCCAACCAGAUGCAACAGCAGGGACUCCAACCUGGCCAGCAGCCGGGCCAAACCCAGCCCGGUCAUCAGCCUGACGGAGGCUCCGGCUUGUUAGGUGGCCUGCUCGGUGGCCUCUUCUCGAAACCCACACAGAAUCAAGUGAACCAGAAUGGCUACCAACAGCCGGGCGCCACGCAGCGCGGCAUGGUGCCGGGACGACCCCAGGGACCACAGCAACAGCAGCAGCAGCAAGCUUACGGGGCACAAGGCGGUCCGAUGGGAGGUCCUCGCUUCCGCGGACCCGUGCCCGGACAGAUGGGCAUGCAGGGACAGAUGCCGGGACAGAUGCAGGGGCAAAUGCCGGGGCAGAUGCCAGGACAGAUGCAAGGGCAGAUGCCAGGUCAAAUGCCAGGUCAGAUGCCGGGUCAAAUGCCUGGUCAAAUGGCUGGACAGAUGGCCGGACAAAUGCCUGGUCAAAUGCCAGGACAGAUGCCCGGACAGGGGCAGAUGAUGGGUCCACGUGGUCCACUCACCCAGCAACAGCAGCAGCAGCAACAGUUGCAGCAGGGUCAGCUGAUGCCGGGCCAGCAACCGGGGCAGCCACAGACGCAACAGCAACAGCAGCAGCAGCAACAACAGCAGCAGCAGAUGGCUGGAGCACAGAAGAAGCCGCGAUACUUUGUGGCCAUGUUCGACUACGAUCCAUCCACAAUGAGUCCCAAUCCCGAUGGGUGCGACGAAGAACUGCCAUUCCAAGAGGGUGACACGAUCAAGGUCUAUGGUGAUAAGGACGCCGAUGGCUUCUACUGGGGCGAACUGCGCGGCAGGCGGGGCUAUGUGCCGCAUAAUAUGGUCAGCGAGGUGGAGGACACCACGGCGCAGAUGCAGGGCGGACAGAUGCAGAUGGGCGGCGUCAUGCAGACGGGCGCCACGCCAGGCACGGCUCAAGUGAUGCCCGGCCAGGGUGUGCCGCAGCAGAGCAUGCGCAAUGUGAGUCGGGAUCGGUGGGGCGACAUCUAUGCGAACAUGCCGGUGAAACGGAUGAUUGCCCUCUACGACUACGAUCCCCAGGAGUUGAGUCCGAAUGUGGAUGCCGAGCAAGUGGAGCUUUGCUUCAAGACGGGCGAGAUAAUACUCGUCUAUGGUGAUAUGGAUGAAGACGGUUUCUACAUGGGCGAACUGGACGGUGUGAGAGGCCUGGUGCCGUCGAACUUCCUCGCCGAUGCGCCCGAUCAGUACAACAACAAUCAAAUGGGACCUGGCGGGGUCGCCGGCCGAGGCGGCCUCAGUCAGCGGGGCAGGGGCCAGGGACCCGGGGCAAGGGGACCGCCGCCGCCCCCGCGAGACAACAUGAUGCCUGGCGUGGCUGGGCCGCGAGGUCCAGUCGGCAAAAAUGCUCGCCCUGCUUCCCCUACACUGUUAGACAACACGGGCCACCCUGCCCCCGAUCACCAAACGCAGAUGAUCGGUCGCGUUGGUAAUGUUGGCCUGCAGCAACAGCAACAACAGCAGCAGCAACUCCAGCAACAACACCAACAACAACAACAACAACCGUAUGGUCAGCAACAGACGCAAAUGGGGCAGCAGCAAACCCAACAACAGCAGCAGCAGAUAGGCAUGGGACAACCUGGAAUGAUGGGCAUGGGACAGCAGCCGGGUCAACAGAUGGGUCAACAGAUGGGCCAACAGAUGGGCCAACAGAUGGGCAUGGGGCAGAUGGGACAGCAGCAGCAGGUGCCAGUGACGACGCAGGCACAGACGGGCGGACUUUUCUCCGGUGCAACGAGCCUGCUCUCUGGUGCUACUUCGGCUGCCACCGGUGGUCUAUUUGGGUCGAAACAAGCGCCCAAAACGGAUCCAAUGCAACCACCUGGUGGUGUGCAGCCAACGCAGCAACAAGCAAACGCCUUUGGUGCCCAACAGAUGCAGCAGCCGGGCAUGCAACAGCAGCCGGGUAUGCAACAGCAGCCGGGUAUGCAACAGCAACCGGGUAUGCAACAGCAACAACAACAACAAGUGCCACCGCAAGCCCAGCCACCGCCGCAGGGGCCGGGCGCCGGUCUGCUGGGAGGCCUCAAGGGCAUUGCAGCAGCGGCGCCCGGCGGCGAUGUCCUCUCGAAAGGCAAAGAUCUAUUUGGCAAAUUCGGGUUUGGCUUUGGCAAAUAACCCCGGUCAUUCCAUAGGGUCCUGUUAUAUUAUUCGUAGAUUAGACUUAUUUGAUAUGAUUAUGAUUAUUGCUAUGAUUACUAAGCUAAUAUACAUAUAUAUAUAUACAUAUACAUACAAACAUAUAUAUAUAUAUAUAUACAAACACAAUUAUACAAGAAAUACGUUGAGAAGAGAGAUUUCUCAGAUCUCUGACGUCUCUGAUGAUGUUGUAACUGUUUGUUGAUGCAAGAAUGAUGCAACUAAUAGAACUAAAUAAUGAUAAUAUUUUUUAUUAAUACAAUUGAUAGAAAUAUUUGGUAGAAUCCACAACAGCAACAACAACAACAACAUGAACUACAAAAACAAAGAUCGAAAGUAAAACAGAAAAGUCUAUCAACAGCAGCAACAUCAACAACAUCAUUCCAAGACACACACACACACACACAUACAUAAAUUGUUGUAAAAUUGAUUAAAUAAAUUAAAUUUCCAGUUUAAGUAAAUUGAUAGCAAAACCAAAAAAAAUGAAAAAGAAAACUAAAAAUAUAUAUAAAGAAAUUGAACAAAAAAGAAAAACUAACUAAAUGAUAAACAAAUGUAGAGACACACACACACACAGUAGCAAGAGGAGAGAUGGUGAGAGGGUGUGUGUGUGUGAGAGAGAAAGAGAGAGGGAAGGGGGGGAAAAAUACAUACAUAUAUUAUAUACAUACAUACAUUAUAUUUACAAUUAUUUGUUAACGCACAUUGUUAAAUUUGCUACUGUUGCUGACCAGUUUAUAAAUAAAAACCAAACCAAAAAAAAAAAAAAAGAAUACGAGUAAAAUGAAAACAAAAAGAAAACUAUAAGUGAAAUCCAAAAAAACAUACAUAUAUUAUAUAUAUUUAAAAUAUAUUAAAAACAAAAAAGAAAUACACAUUUAAAUUAAAUUUAUAAAUCAAAUCCCGAAGUGAACGAACGGAAAGUUGAGCAAUAUAAAGACAAAAAAUAAAAAAACGCGUUGGACAACAAAAACUAUGAAAAAUGCAUAAAAAAUACUAAAAAAAAAAAUACUUAUACAUUAGAUAUGAUACAUACAUAUAUACUAUACACACACAUACAUACACAUACAUACAUACUUCGCAUGCUUGCAUCAAAAAGAAAAGAUCGAAAGAUCGCAGCUGCCGAGCAUUAGCUUAACAUACUAAAAUAAAAUACUGCAACACU